AUGUCAGCUACUGAGGGUGUAGUGACGUUUGGUAUUGUAGUAACGCGCCAUGGCAACGGCCGAGUCCAUGGCAACGACAAUGGAUGGGCGGACGGAACGUCUGGGGAUGUAACGAAAGUGGAGCGGGAACUGAGAAGCAGCGUGCCAGUCGGAAUGGGAUGCGGCACUUCUAGAGCGGUUUCCACACAACCGGAGACCGGAACUGAGGACAGUCUAGAAAGAAAGCGCAAGAUUAAGAACAAUAGGAAAAGCAGCAAAUUAAACAUCAUUGACGAUUCACCCGGAUCCAAAGUAUCAGAAGAAGAUUUAAUAACAUUGCCAGGUGCAGUGCAACAGUCCUUGCCACCUUUAAGAAAAGCAAAUGGGACAUUACUACAAAAUGGAUUUAAUGAUGAUUUAGCACUUACUGCAAGUAGCUUGCUGAAAAAGAAUGGACCAAUACAAGAAAUCAGGGAGAGACCAAGAUCUGCUGACAUUCUACAAGAACUUUUAGUUCAGGGGAUCUUAAACCAGGCCCACAAUGAAGAGUGGCAAGAGGUUCACAGUCCUAUGUUUGACGUGAAGUCAACUGAGGGAAUUUUAAAGAAACCUCCAUCAAGACUUGAUAAGCUAAAGAAUGAAACAACUGUACAAAAGAGUGUGACAAUAGAGGAGAUUGAAAAUAAAAUGAUAGCAGCAGAGGAAAGGAGGAAGAUGAAAGAAGUCAAGUUAAAGGAAAGACUGAAUAAGUUUAAUUCUUCACCGGCGAUAAUACAAGAAGAAACUACUAGGAUACCUCCAGAACCUGACCAGGCAAAACUGGAGGAAGUUGUUGAGAAAAUAAAUACCAAACACAAAGAAAACCAGCAAGAACAACAGGAGAUCACAAAUGAAAAGGAUGAAAACAACGACCUAGUUGACCAGACUGGAUUAAACCAACAGGAAAGAAAGAUUAAUGCAGGGGACUGUUGUGAGGUUGUAGAAUUUGAUGAUGGACAUUAUUUGACAACAAAAAUAGCUGACGAAGUAAUUGUGAACAAAAUCUGAAUCAAUACUGCACAUGAUACAUCAAUCACCGCCUGUAAUGUCUUAGUGAAAAUUUUCACCUUUGUUGCAUUGUCUUAAACUAAGAAUUGCCAAAAUGUAUGAAACCAUUGUGAAGAGAAUUAU